AUGCCUGGCAUCACAAGUCUAACGUCGCUCGCAAAGUCCAUCGCAGACUUUCAUGAAGCUAUCUGGCAGUCAGAGUCGCCACAGGAGCCGCUCGACGAGGAAGUUCAAGAAGCUCUUGUUCACCUCAGAACAAACCCGACUAUCCUCCCCCCUGUGCAGUUUCCCAAUCGCGACCCCCCCGCUGUUUACCAUCGUUCCACCAGAACGCAAGACAUCUACCAAGUCUACCAUACAUACGAUCUCAGACGCUUCCACAAGAUCUACUUCCCCAAUCGCCAGGUUAUCGACAAGGCCAUUGUACGCGGCCGCACCAACACUCUCCAGGGUCUCCACUGGAUGUUCCGCCUUGCUGAAGCUUACUUCAAAUCGGAAAGACUCAUCAUCAAGAUCCAGCGCUCGCGCGUCCGACAAUGGCGCUGUAAAAAGCCAAUUUCGGCUGAGGAGAUCCAGAAGCGCAUCAAGCUAGAGACCGAAGAGGAAAAGGAAUGCGGCUACGACUUUUCUGCAGAUAAGAGAGGACGCAAAGACUACAUUCUCUCCACGGCCGGUAUACGCAACGAAUGGCAGAUGUUCUUGGAGGAUCGCAAGAAGCCUCGCUACGACUUUGACCUGCCGCAAUGGGAGGACGACUUUACGACGGGCGACGAUCACGACGACCAAGACGCCAUGGGGUGCCCUGUGACAGCAUUCCGCGAGAAGUGGUUCACGGGCGACUUUGAUGAGGCCCUGGUGGUGGACGGGCUGGACAUGGUCAUCUCGACCUGCGACUGCUUGUGGAAUACUGGGGGUAUGGGCAGGAUCAUCGACUUGAAGGACCCCCUGCCAUGUUACAAGGAGUUCAAGCUGCGCUGCUGGGGUUGCAGGUUUGUUCAAGAAGAGCCGGUCGACUGA